UUUUCUAUAUAAAUUAGUUCCAUUUUUUAUUUUUUAUUUUUUAUUAUUCUUACUAUUUUCUUCUCACUUUAUUUCUUACAUUACUAUGUCUCAAACUGGUAUCUAUCGUUUACAAUGUCAAACUCAAUCAUAUGAUUGGGGAAAACUAGGCUCAGAAUCCAAAGUUGCUCAGUUUGCCAGUAAGUCCGGUAUCACUGUGGAUCCUACUAAACCUUAUGCUGAACUAUGGAUGGGUACACAUCCUAACGCGCCUUCUGUUAUUAUGGAUAACUCUGAAUCACUCAAAUCUCUUAUCAAACAAAAUCCAAGUCUUAGUACUCAAGCCAUUUAUGAUCAAUAUAACGGUGACCUCCCUUUUCUUUUCAAGAUCCUUUCCAUUCGCAAGGCAUUAUCCAUUCAAGCUCAUCCUGAUAAAACCUUGGGAGCGCGUCUAUUCAAAGAACAUCCCACCAUCUAUAAGGAUCCUAAUCACAAGCCUGAAAUGGCUCUUGCUUUGACUCCCUUUGAAGCUUUAUGUGGAUUCCGACCUUUGAAUGAAAUUGUACAACAUCUUGAAAAGUAUCCUGAAUUUGCUCAAUUAGUUGGAUCAGAUGUAGCAAAUGGCUUUAUCAACUCUGUUGGGGACGACAAAACUGAUACCGACAAAAAGGCGGCGCUCAAACAACUCUUCUCCUCCUUGAUGAAUAGCUCAGUACAAGACGUGACUUUUUACUUGUCGACCUUAACAUCACGUUUAUCACAAUUACCUGUAUCAAAUCUGGAUACCAUGGAUCAACUGGUUUUACGCCUGGAUCGAGAAUACCCUGGAGGUGAUGUUGGUGUUUUUUCUUCUUUAUUACUGAAUUAUGUGGUGAUGACUCCUGGACAAGCUAUCUUUUUAGGUGCCAACGAACCUCAUGCUUAUCUAUCCGGAGACUGUGUGGAAUGUAUGGCUGCUAGUGACAAUGUGAUUCGUGCUGGACUCACUCCCAAAUUCAAGGAUGUUAAAGUACUAGUCGAAAUGCUAUCUUACCGUUAUGGCUCGGCUGAAGGACAAAAGAUGAAGCCUGUGACUUAUGGUUCUCACUCACUGCUCUAUGAUCCCCCUAUUGAUGAAUUCUCUGUUAUUCAAACCCAAUUGACUUCAAAUCAAGAUGAAAAACACGCGCCCAUUCAAGGUCCAAGUAUUUUGAUUGUCACUGGUGGUACUGGCGAAUUAACUGGUGAAGCUUUGAAAACUGAAUCCACUUUUACUCUCAAGGAAGGUUAUGUUUACUUUAUUGGUGCUGGCAUUCCUUUGAAUAUCCACGCUGGUGAACAUGGUCUUGAAUUAUAUCGUGCCUACAAUGCUUGAUCCGGUUGGUUUUUCUUUUUUUCUCUUUUUUUUUAAAAAAAAAAAAAAAAAUCAACGAUCAACUCUUUAGUAUAGUGUCUGAUUUGAUAUUACCUGAACUUUCGGAUAAUGUACUACUUUUAAAUUCUUUUUGGUCUUUCUUUUCCUUGAUUUUAACCUCGUUUAAAUAAACAACAUAUCACCUUAUUUUUAUUCAUCUAU